CGGCGGCGGUGACGGCGUUCCCUGUGCGGCUGAGGACGGUCAGCCAGUGAGCGCGGAGACUGGUUCCACGCCGGGCGGGGGGAGCGCCAGGCCCAGCCCUGCUCCCUAGGCGGCGGAUCUUGCGGUCCCACCUCUGUCGGAAUCGACCUUCCCUUUUUACCCCCGACCCUCUCCCUGUCUUCCUUCAGCUUUCCCUUCAGAGGCCAUGGAGGACGAGGAGAGACAGAAGAAACUGGAGGCCGGCAAAGCGAAGCUUGCCCAGUUUCGACAAAGGAAAGCUCAGUCUGAUGGGCAGAAUCCUUCUAAGAAGCAGAAAAAAAAGAGGAAAACUUCAAGCAGCAAACAUGAUGUGUCAACAUACCAUGCUUUGAAUAUUGAGCACUCACAGAGUGAUGAAAUGUACAUAAAUAGUUCUCAGAGGGUAGGAACAGCCGUGACUCCUGAAUCCACAAUAAUCAAACGUGAUGAGGUCUUCUCUGUUGAACCAGAAAGUGAGAUUUCAACUACAGCAGAUGAUUACAGUUCAGAGGUAAAUGGUUGCAGUUUUGUGGUGAGAACAGAAAAGCCUACAAGUUUAUUAAGGGAAGAAGAAUUUGGUGCUGAUGAUUCUUAUUCUGAACAUGGAGCACAGUACAGUCAGACCCACCUAGAGAUGAUGGAAAAUGAAUUGGCUGGCAAACAGCAUGAGAUUGAAGAGCUGAACAGAGAACUAGAAGAAAUGAGAGCCACCUAUGGGAGUGAUGGACUGCAGCAGUUACAAGAAUUUGAAGCUGCCAUUAAGCAAAGAGAUGGCAUCAUAACCCAGCUCACUGCUAAUUUACAACAAGCAAGGAGAGAAAAGGAUGAGACAAUGAGAGAAUUCUUAGAGUUAACAGAACAAAGUCAAAAAUUACAGAUUCAAUUCCAGCAUUUACAGGCUAGUGAAACUCUAAGAAACAGCACUCACAGUAGCACAGCUGCAGAUUUACUACACGCGAAACAGCAGAUCCUCUCUCAUCAGCAACAGCUGGAAGAACAAGACCAUUUAUUAGAAGAUUAUCAAAAAAAGAAAGAAGACUUCAAAAUGCAAAUUAGUUUCUUGCAAGAGAAAAUUAGAGCAUAUGAAAUGGAACAAGACAAAAAAGUAGAAAGCUCAAAUAAGGAAAUACAGGAAAAGGAUACAAUCAUUGAAGAAUUAAAUACAAAAAUAAUGGAAGAUGAAAAAAAAACUGUAGAGCUAAUGGAUAAAGUCACAGCUGCUGAUAAAUUACUGGGAGAAUUACAAGAACAGGUUGUACAAAAGAACCAAGAGAUUAAAAACAUGAAAUUAGAGUUGACUAAUUCCAAGCAAAAAGAAAGACAGUGUUCUGAGGAAAUAAAACAAUUAAUGGGGACAGUUGAAGAACUUCAGAAGAAAAAUCACAAAGAUAGCCAAUUUGAAACUGAUAUUCUACAAAGAAUGGAACAAGAAACACAAAGAAAAUUAGAACAGCUCCGGGCAGAGCUGGAUGAGAUGUACGGGCAGCAGAUAGUACAGAUGAAACAGGAGUUAAUAAAACAACACAUGUCACAGAUAGAUGAACUUAAAAUACGACAUAAGGGAGAAAUGGAGAAUGCUUUAAGAACAUGUCCAAGUAUCACAGUUAAUGAAGACCAAAUAAAGUUAAUGAAUAUGGCAAUAAAUGAACUGAACAUAAAAUUGCAAGAUACUAACUCUCAAAAAGAAAAACUCAAGGAAGAAUUAGGUGUAAUUUCGGGAGAAAAGUCUGCGCUACAGAGACAGCUUGAAGACCUUUUUGAAGAAUUGAGCUUUUCAAGGGAACAGAUUCAGAGAGCUAGACAGACAAUAGCUGAACAAGAAAGUAAACUCAGUGAAGCACACAAGUCCCUUAGUACAGUGGAAGAUUUGAAAGCUGAGAUUGUUUCUGCCUCUGAAUCCAGAAAAGAACUAGAAUUAAAACAUGAAGCAGAAGUUACAAAUUACAAGAUAAAACUUGAAAUGUUAGAAAGAGAAAAAAAUGCUGUAUUAGACAGAAUGGCUGAAUCGCAAGAAGCUGAAUUAGAGAGGCUGAGGACACAGCUUCUGUUUAGUCAUGAAGAAGAACUUUCCAAACUAAAAGAAGAUUUAGAAAUUGAGCAUCGAAUAAAUAUUGAGAAACUUAAGGAUAAUUUAGGCAUUCACUACAAACAGCAGAUAGAUGGCUUACAGAAUGAAAUGAGUAAAAAGAUAGAAACCAUGCAGUUUGAAAAAGACAGUUUGAUAACUAAGCAGAAUCAAUUAAUUUUAGAAAUUUCAAAGCUAAAAGAUUUACAGCAGUCCCUUGUGAAUUCAAAAUCAGAGGAAAUGACUCUUCAAAUCAAUGAACUUCAAAAAGAAAUUGAAAUACUCAGGCAAGAAGAAAAGGAAAAGGGUACACUUGAACAAGAACUUCAAGAAUUGCAACUUAAAACUGAAUUAUUGGAGAAGCAAAUGAAGGAAAAAGAGGAUAACCUUCAAGAAAAAUUUAUACAACUUGAAGCAGAGAACAGCACUCUUAAAAAUGAAAAGAAAGCCCUUGAAGACAUGUUGAAAAUGUAUACUCCUGUUAACCAAGAAGAAAGAUUAAUAUUACUAGACCCCAUUAAGUCCAAAUCCCAAGAUUGUAACUGGCAAAAAGAAAUUGAAGUACUUACUGAGGAAAACAAGGAUCUCAAGAAACAAUGUAUCCAGCUAACUGAAGAGAUUGAAAGGCAAAGGAACACUUUUUCAUUUGCUGAAAAAAAUUUUGAAGUUAACUAUCAAGAGUUACAGGAGGACUAUGCUUGCCUUCUCAAGGUAAAAACUGACUUAGAAGACAGCAAAAACAAACAAGAAGUAGAGUAUAAAAGUAAGCUUAAAACACUUAGUGAAGAGCUUCAUCAUUUGCAAAGAAUAAAUCCAAGUAUGGUAAAAAUGAAAAGUUCAGUCUUUGAUGAUGACAAAACUUUCAUAGGAGAAUCAUUGGAAACCGGUGAGGUCGUUGAGAAAGAUACAACAGAACUUAUGGAAAAACUUGAGGUCACCAAGCGAGAAAAGUUAGAACUGUCAGAGAGAUUAUCUGAUCUUUCUGAACAAUUACAACAGAAACAUAGUGAGAUUACUUUUCUGAGUGAAGAAGUAAAGUCUUUAAAGCAAGAGAAAGAACAAGUAUUAUUGAGAUGUAGAGAGCUAGAAAUCAUCAUUAACCAUAAACGGACAGAAAAUGUAGAUGUGUGUGAUGUUCAGUUAGACUCUUUAAAAGAUGGUGGUGUGACUAUGACAAGCAAGGAUUCUGGAGGAUCAGUUUCUAAAAUAAAUAAAGAUUUUGUUGAAUCAAAAAUAAUGGAGGAAGAUAAAAUUCCUUUUGAAAAUAGGACUAUUGGAAAAGAAGGCAAGCAAGAACAGUUGUUUUUGGAUCACUUGCCAUUAAUGACAAAUGGAUCAUCACUUGGGACAGCUGAACCAAGUAGAAAUGAUAAACUUCAGUGGGAACUCAGUGUACUUAAAUCAGAACAGAAUGAUUUAAGGCUACAGAUGGAAGCUCAGCGUAUAUGCCUCUCUCUGGUUUAUUCAACACAUGUCGAUCAAGUUCGUGAAUAUAUGGAAAAUGAAAAAGAUAAAGCUCUUUGUAGUCUUAAGGAGGAACUUAUUUCUGCCCAAGAGGAAAAGAUAAAGGAACUUCAGGAAAUACACCAGCAAGAGCUACAGAAUAUAAAAACACAAGGAACAGGUGGUGAAGCAAAGCCUUUACAAAUGCUCAUUGGAAAACUACGCAAGGCGGUGUCUGAAGAAUGUUCUUAUUUUACACAGACUUUUUGCAAUGUCCUUGGUGAACAUUAUACUCCUGCUUUAAAAUGUGAAGUAAAUGUAGAAGAGAGAGAGAGUGCUGGUGUUCAUACUUCUGAAAAUCAAGAACUAGAAUUGCAAGAUUAUAGAUAUGAAGUUCAAGACUUGCAAGAAAAUAUGGAAACUCUUCUCAACAAAGUAACAGAAGAAUACAAUAAACUCUUGGUACUUCAAACACAAUUAAGUAAGAUUCAGGGACAGGAGACAGAUGAUGUAAAACUUGAAUUUGCAGAACAAAACCUACCAAAAGAGGAAACAGAGUUUUUAUCAACUUCUCAGAUGACCAAUUUGCAAGACAUUGAUGUCAGUUGUAAAAGCAGGUUAUCUACUCUGCAAGAUUAUGAAAACAUUAAACAACUUGAAGGACAAAUUCAAGAAUUAGAAAACCUCAUAUCCUCUUUGCAGCAACAGUUGAAAGAAACAAAAGAAAACUAUGGGGCAGAGAUCCAUUGUUUGCAGGAAAAGCUUCAAGCUGUUACUGUAUCCACAGUUCAGCCAAGUUUCUCCAUUGAUUCAAUGGUAAUAACUGAAUCUGAUGUCCAGAAAACAGUAUAUCCUGGAAGUUGUCUAAACCAGAACAUUGAUGGUACAGUAGAGUUUUCUGGUGAUUUUGGAGUGAAACAGGAAACAAAUAUGGUUAAGUUGCUGGAAAAACAGUACCAAGAACGAUUAGAAGAAGAAGUAGCUAAGGUCAUUGUGUCAAUGAGUAUAGCAUUUGCUCAACAAACUGAACUAUCUAGAAUAACUGGGGAAAAAGAGGAUACUACAUUGUCAAAACAAGCACAUGCUUUCUGUCAGCAAGAACAUUUAAAUGAAAUGAAAUUAUCAGAGGGUCAAACUUUUAAAGCAAUAGACAUGAAAUUUAAAGAAGAAUUUAAACCACUUAGUAAAGAGUUAGGGGAAGAUGGAAAGGAAGUUCUGUUAUCGAACAAUGAUAAUCUUGAUGAUAUACUAGAGUCAAAGGACCGUGAACUGACUAUUUCAGAAGAAAUGUUCUCCAAAGAUAAAACAUUUAUAGUCAGAGAACCUAUCCAUGAUGAGAUUUUGGUAUCGAGUAUAGAUGCUUCUAGACAACUAAUGUUAAAUGAAGAACAGUUGGAAGAUAUGAGGCAGGAACUUGUACGACAAUACCAAGAACAUCAGCAGGCAACAGAACUGUUACGGCAGGCGCACAUGCGCCAGAUGGAGAGACAGCGAGAAGACCAGGAACAGCUGCAAGAAGAGAUUAAGAGACUGAACAGACAAUUAGCCCAGAGAUCCUCAAUAGAUAAUGAAAACCUGGUUUCAGAGAGAGAGAGGGUGCUUUUAGAGGAGCUGGAAGCACUAAAGCAGCUGUCUCUAGCUGGAAGAGAGAAGCUGUGUUGUGAGCUGCGCAACAGCAGUACGCAAACACAGAAUGGAAAUGAAAACCAAGAGGAAAUUGAAGAACAGAUCUUUAAAGAAAAGGAGUCAGACAGAAAACCUGAAGAUGUGCCUCCUGAUAUUCUGACCAAUGAAAGAUUUGCGCUUCAGAAAGCUAAUAACAGACUCCUAAAGAUCCUCUUAGAAGUUGUAAAGACAACAGCAGCUGUUGAAGAAACAAUUGGUCGCCAUGUUCUUGGUAUUCUAGAUAGAUCUAGUAAGGUCCAGUCAUCUGCCAGCUUGAUUUGGAGGUCAGAAGCAGAGGCACCUAUAAAGUCAUGUAUCCAUGAGGAACACACAGGAGUUACAGAUGAGUCUAUACCCUCUUAUUCUGGAAGUGAUAUGCCAAGAAAUGACAGUAGUAUGUGGACAAAAGUAACUGAAGAAGGGACAGAUCUCUCAGAACGGCUUGUGAGGAGUGGUUUUGCUGGAACUGAAAUAGACACUGAAAAUGAAGAACUUAUGCUGGGUAUUAGCUCUCGACUACAAGCAGCAGUUGAAAAACUCCUAGAAGCUAUAAGUGAAACUAGUAGUCAGCUUGAACAUGCCAAAGUUACACAGACAGAGUUGAUGCGGGAGUCAUUUCGACAGAAACAAGAAGUGACUGAGUCUCUUAAGUGCCAAGAAGAACUGCGAGAGCGCCUUCAUGAGGAGUCCAGGGCCAGAGAACAGCUGGCUGUGGAGCUCAGUAAGGCUGAGGGUGUCAUUGAUGGCUAUGCAGAUGAAAAAACUCUUUUUGAAAGGCAAAUUCAGGAAAAAACUGAUAUAAUAGAUCGUCUUGAGCAGGAAUUGUUAUGUGCAGGUAAUAGAUUACAAGAAUUGGAAGCAGAGCAACAGCAGAUCCAAGAAGAAAGAGAAUUACUGUCGAGACAGAAAGAAGCUAUGAAAGCAGAAGCAGGCCCUGUUGAACAGCAAUUACUACAGGAGACAGAAAAACUAAUGAAGGAAAAACUAGAAGUACAGUGCCAAGCUGAGAAAGUACGUGAUGACCUUCAAAAACAAGUGAAAGCUCUAGAAAUAGAUGUUGAGGAACAAGUCAGUAGGUUUAUAGAGCUGGAACAAGAAAAAAAUGCUGAGCUUACGGAUUUACGACAGCAAAACCAAGCACUGGAAAAGCAAUUAGAAAAAAUGAGAAAAUUUUUAGAUGAGCAAGCCAUUGAUAGGGAACAUGAGAGAGAUGUAUUCCAACAGGAAAUACAGAAACUAGAACAACAACUUAAGGUUAUACCUCGUUUCCAGCCUAUCAAUGAACAUCAAACUAGAGAGGUUGAACAGUUAACAAAUCAUUUGAAAGAAAAAACAGACAAGUGCAGUGAGCUUUUGCUGUCUAAAGAGCAGCUUCAGAGGGAUAUCCAAGAACGGAACGAAGAAAUCGAGAAAUUGGAAUUCAGAGUAAGGGAAUUGGAGCAAGCCUUACUCAUUAGUGCAGACACUUUUCAAAAGGUAGAGGACCAAAAACUGUGUGGAGCUAUAGAAGCUAAAGCAGAAUUGUCCCUAGAAGUACAGUUGCAGGCUGAGCGAGAUGCCAUAGACCGAAAGGAAAAAGAGAUUACAAACUUAGAAGAACAAUUAGAGCAGUUUAGAGAGGAACUGGAAAAUAAGAAUGAAGAAGUUCAGCAACUCCAUAUGCAAUUAGAAAUACAGAAAAAGGAAUCUACCACCCGCCUUCAAGAACUUGAACAAGAAAACAAAUUAUUUAAGGAUGAAAUGGAGAAAUUGGGAUUUGCCAUAAAGGAAUCUGAUGCUAUCUCUACUCAGGACCAACAUGGGUUGUUUGGAAAAUUUGUUCAAAUAAUGCAGGAAAAAGAAAUAGAAAUUGACCAAUUAAAUGAGCAAAUUACAAAACUUCAGCAUCAACUUAAAAUUACAACAGAUAAUAAGGUUAUUGAAGAAAAAAAUGAACUGAUAAGGGAUCUUGAAACCCAGAUAGAAUGUUUGAUGAGUGAUCAAGAACGUGUGAAGAAAAGUAGGGAAGAAGAAAUUGAACAGCUCAAUGAUGUGAUUGAAAAACUUCAACAGGAAUUGGCAAAUAUUGAACAGAAGACAUCAAUGGAUGCCAACCCUUUCCCAGAGGAAGCAGAUAGUUUAAAACAUCAGUUGGAUAUGGUAAUAGCUGAAAAACUGGCUUUGGAAAAGCAAGUAGAAACCACUAACGAAGAAAUGGCUUUUACGAAAAAUGUACUUGAAGAAACCAAUUUAAAAAUGAACGAGCUAACACAAGAAUUAUGCAGCUUAAAGCGAGAACGUGAAAAUAUGGAAAAAGUCCAAAGUGUGCUAGAGAAAAGCGUUAAUAUGGACAUAGAUGACCCGAGCAAAACCAAACCUGAACUGGAAGUUCACCUUACUGAGAAUGCCUUUAAACCCCUAGAAAAUCAGACUUACGUCACGUCUUUUGAAGAAAACAGCAGAAGUUCCAUAAGCAGUUUGGAAACAAAGGUGCUACAGCUUGAGGGCACUGUGAGUGCAAAGGACUUGGAACUCACCCAGUGUUACAAACUUAUAAAGGACAUGCAAGAACAAGGCCAAUCUGAAACAGAAAUGCUUAAACAGAAGAUUGUAAACCUACAGAAUAUACUUGAAGAAAAAGUUGCUGCUGCUCUUGUGAGUCAAGUCCAACUUGAAGCAGUUAAGGAAUAUGCAAAACUCUGUCAAGAUGAACAAGCAGUUUCACCAGAACUUGAAAGAACAAAAGUACAGAAUUUAAAUCCAGUAAGAGACAAUGAGAUGGACCCAGAUGUAUUAGCGUUAACCUUGAGAAUAUCAGAAUUAGAAAACCAGGUGGUUGAAAUGCAGACUAGUUUGAUUUUAGAAAAAAAACAGGUAGAAAUUGUGAAGAAAAAUGCUUUGGAGAAAGAAAAGAAGCUACUAGAACUAAAGAAGUUAUUGGAGGAGGAGAUAAACCAGGGAGGUAAAGAAAGGAAAAGAAGCCCUGAAGGAGAUUUUGAAGUUUUCAAGGCAACUGCUGAGCCUAUUGAUACCAGUGAAGAAAGUGGAUUUUGUCAACUUGAGGCUCUUAGAGCUGAAUCAUCAGCUAUCAAAGAAGAACUUGCCAAUUACAAAGAGAAAGCAGAAAAGCUUCAGGAAGAACUUUUGGUAAAAGAGACAAAUAUGGCAUCUCUUCAGAAAGAUUUAAGCCAAGUUAGGAAUCAACUCACAGAAGCAAAAGAGAAAUUAUCCUCCUUCUUAGAAAAAGAAGAUAAGACUGUGGUACAGGAAAACAGAAAAGUCUGCAUAUUAGAACCACUUCUUACUAACGUGGAUAAAAGUUUGGCAUCCGAGAUGGAGGGGACCCUCAAGGUUAAUAGCAGCAGUCAGACUCCACAAGUUCUUGUUAGAAAUGUAGGAAUCCAAAUUGAUUUACAGAGUGAGUGUUCAUCAGAAGAAGUCACUGAAAUAAUCAAUCAGUUUACUGAAAAAAUUGAGCAGAUGCAAGAACUACAUGCUGCUGAAAUUUUGGAUAUGGAAUCCAGACAUAUUUCUGAAACUGAAACCUUAAAGAGAGAGCAUUAUGUUGCUGUUCAGUUGCUGACAGAGGAAUGUGGUACCUUGAAGGCAGUGAUACAGUGUCUGAGAUCUAAAGAGGGAUCCUCAGUUCCUGAAUUAACACAUUCUGAUGCUUACCAAACUAGAGAAAUAUGUUCCAGUGAUUCUGGAUCAGACUGGGGUCAGGGAAUUUAUCUUACACAAAGUCAGGGAUUUGACAUAGCAUCAGAAGACCGAGGAGAUGAAGGUGAAGGUUCAACAGAUUCAUUUCCGAAGAAAAUAAAGGGAUUACUGAGAGCUGUCCAUAAUGAAGGCAUGCAGGUGCUCUCCCUCACUGAGUCUCCCUAUAGUGAUGGAGAGGACCAUUCCGUUCAGCAAGUGUCAGAAUCUUGGCUAGAAGAAAGAAGAGCUUAUCUCAGUACAAUCUCAUCUCUUAAGGAUUUAAUUACCAAAAUGCAAGUGCAAAGAGAUGCCGAGUUUUAUGAUGGUUCCCAGUCUCAUGAGUGCUCCCCAGAUUGGCGAGGCGAACUUUUGCUUGCUCUUCAACAAGUUUUCUUAAAGGAACGCAAUGUUUUACUAGCUGCAUUUCAGACUGAGCUGACAGGUCUAUGUAAUAAAGAUGCAGUUGGAUUAUUAAACUGUUUGGAACAGAGAAUAGAAGAACAGAAUAUUGAAUAUCAAGCAGCUAUGGAAUGCAUCCAAAAAGCAGACAGAAGGAGUUUGUUAUCUGAAAUUCAAACACUGCAUGCGCAAAUGAAUGGUAGGAAAAUUACUCUGAAAAGAGAGCAAGAGAAUGAUCAACCAAGCCAAGAGCUCUUGGAGUAUAAUAUACAGCAGAAGCAGUCUCAGAUGCUGGAGAUGCAAGUGGAGCUCAGCAGUGUGAAGGACAGAGCAGCAGAGCUGCAGGAACAACUGAGUUCUGAGAAAAUGGUGGUUGCUGAGCUGAAGAGUGAACUUGCACAAACUAAACUGGAACUAGAAACAACACUCAAGGCACAACAUAAGCACCUAAAGGAAUUAGAAGCCUUCAGGUUGGAAGUCAAAGAUAAAACCGAUGAAGUACAUUUGCUUAAUGACACAUUAGCAAGUGAACAGAAAAAGUCCAGAGAGCUCCAGUGGGCUUUGGAGAAGGAGAAAGCCAAACUAGGACGCAAUGAAGAGCGGGAUAAAGAAGAACUUGAGGAUUUGAAAUUUUCACUUGAGGGUCAGAAACAAAGGAAUAUUCAGCUAAAUCUACUUUUGGAGCAACAGAAACAACUACUUAAUGAAUCACAGGAGAAAAUAGAAUCACAGAGAGUGCUACAUGAUGCCCAGUUAUCAGAAGAACGAGGUCGAAACUUAGAGCUUCAAGUACUUCUUGAAUCUGAAAAAGUUCGAAUACGGGAAAUGAGUAGUACCCUGGAUAGGGAGCGGGAAUUGCAUGCUCACUUGCAGAGCAGUGAUGAUAGUGGGCAGCCUCGGCCCUCCCUACCCUCUGAGGACCUCCUUAAAGAGCUACAGAAACAGCUGGAGGAGAAACACAGUCGCAUAGUAGAAUUGUUAAAUGAGACCGAGAAAUAUAAACUGGAUUCUUUGCAAACAAGACAGCAAAUGGAAAAGGAUAGGCAGGUUCACAGAAAGACGUUGCAGACAGAACAAGAGGCCAACACUGAGGGACAGAAAAAAAUGCAUGACCUCCAGUCCAAAGUGGAAGAUCUCCAGCGCCAGCUGGAGGAGAAAAGGCAACAAGUCUAUAAGUUAGACCUUGAAGGAAAGCGACUGCAGGGAAUUAUGCAGGAAUUCCAGAAACAAGAACUAGAACGAGAAGAAAAACGAGAAAGUAGAAGAAUUCUCUAUCAGAAUCUUAAUGAGCCAAACACAUGGAGUUUAACCAGUGAUCGAACUAGAAAUUGGGUUCUUCAACAGAAAAUAGAAGGAGAGACAAAGGAAUCAAGUUAUUCUAAGCUGGUUGAAAUGAAUGAAGGAGGAGCUGGCUAUAAUCAUGAAUUAGAAAUCCUCAGACAAAAGCUUCAACUUGUGGCUUCAAAACUGCAGCAUCUGGCCCAGAAAGCCUCCAAUAGACUACAGUUUGAAACAGCCGAUGAUGAAGAUUUCAUGUGGGUUCAGGAAAAUAUUGAUGGAAUUAUUUUACAACUACAGAAAUUAACUGGCCAGCCAGGGGAAGAGCCUGGUUUAGUGUCCCCAGGUGGUACUUGUGGCUCAUUGACUGAAAGACUGCUGAGACAAAAUGCUGAGCUGACAGGACAUAUCAGCCAACUGGCAGAAGAAAAGAAUGAUUUGAGAAAUAUGGUUAUGAAGCUAGAAGAACAGAUCAGGUGGUAUCGACAGACAGGAGCUGGCAGAGAUUAUUCUUCUAGGUUUUCAUUCAGUGGUGGUGCCAACAUUGAAGCCAUCAUUGCUUCCGAAAAAGAAGUCUGGAACAGAGAAAAGCUGACUCUCCAAAAGUCCUUGAAAAGAGCAGAAGCUGAAGUGCACAAACUGAAAGCUGAGCUAAGGAAUGAAGCUUUACUUCAGAAUCUGAGCCCUGAUUCUGAGCAUGCUGCUAUAAAGAGAAUUUAUGGUAAAUACCUUCGGGCAGAAAGUUUCCGGAAAGCUCUCAUUUAUCAGAAGAACUACCUGUUGCUGUUACUGGGUGGGUUCCAGGAAUGUGAGGAUGCCACACUGGCUCUGCUUGCCCGGAUGGGGGGACAGCCGGCCUUCACAGACCUUGAGGUGCUCACCAACCGUCCAAAGGGCUUCACCAGGUUUCGGUCAGCCGUCAGAGUGUCCAUGGCAAUUUCAAGAAUGAAAUUUUUGGUUCGACGGUGGCAACGAGUCACAAGUUCUGGUUCCAUCAAUAUUAACAGAGACGGCUUUGGACUGAAUCCAGGUGCUGAAAAGACUGACCCAUUUUAUCAUUCUUCUGGCGGCCUGGAGCUGUAUGGAGAACCGAGACACACUACGUAUCGCUCAAGAUCAGAGCUGGACUAUUCUAGGUCUCCUGUACCUUUUCAAAAUAGGUACCCAGGCCCUCCAGCUGAUUUAAAUCCUGGUUCCUUAGCAUGUUCUCAGCUUCAGAAUUAUGACCCUGACAGAGCCCUGACAGAUUAUAUCACUCGGCUAGAGGCACUGCAGAGACGACUUGGAACUGUGCAGUCAGUUAUUGCCAUAGCCACUCCACCCUUCAGCAACCACCACCGUGAUCAGUCAGUAGCCUUCAACAUCGAGACAAGACCCUCCACCAGCAAAAAGAUUAUAAGCUCAGACGAUGAUUAGCGCUUUUUAAUAAUAAAGUGUUAAAGGUUCAACCCAGUUUCAUGCUGGCAUGAGAAGAUAAUCCUUUGAAAUAUGAAUCAAAGUGAUUUUAAACAGAUUGCCUUUUGUAAAUCAGUCAUUCUUUUGUGCUUUUGUAUUGUGGAUAUUCAGCGGGACCAAUAUGAACACAGCUUAUGAUUGUAUACAGAUCCCUUGCCAGCACAUGAAAGCAAACUGGAAUUUGUACAUAUUACCAUUGUGUAUGUAUUCAUGCACAAUAAUCAUUAAAUUACAUGUAUAUUUGUGGAAUGCUAAUUUAAAUGAUUAAAUUAUAAACCUUGUGUAUUUAUCGGAUGGGUGAAAAGAUUAAACUUUUGCGCAUUAUGAUACUGCUGAAUGUGUAGCUUGAGGUGUCCUGCACUUUUCUUAUAAGGCUACUGAAUUACAUGUUUCUGCCCUAAUAUAUUUGCUACUGGUGAUGAAGACAGAUACUAUCACUUGUAGAGACCUAUUUUUGUAUAAUGGUAGAAGUUUUGAAUUUUAUGGGGUAUUUUGUCAAGUACUGAAAUAAAAAUGACUCCACCAUUUUAA